AGACUAUUGGUGAACUUGUUCAGCACAUUAAGAGGCAGUGUGGGGUAGAGGACCACUUCAGGCUGCAAUUUAUGGAUGCUGAGUUUGGCAAUGAAUUCACCAACUUGACUUCAAUGUUAGAGAUCCAGGACAAAAGUACCUUAAAGCUUGUCUUUGAUUCAGCUGCCGCUGCCUCUGCCCUGCCUGGUGGCUCCCCACCUACACCCUGCUCCACUCCUGUCACAUCAUGGUCUGGUGAGGACUCAUCACUUUUAUUUAGUAGCUUGUGUGACACAGACAUCCUGUCUUCUCCUGAGUCCACCCCUUCAAGAUCCUCUGGAUGGCCUGCUGUUUUUGUUGUACCCCGUUUCCCAUAUGAUUGUCAGCUUCAGCUGGACAAGGCCAAUGCGGCAUUCAAAGAAAGUGGAACUUUAUUGGAUCCAGAUGUUAGACUUAAAACUGCCAUUCUUGACAGUUUAGCUGAGGAAAUUGUUCGGUACAAAGUGUACCCCUCAGACAGUGAGUUUGAAGAGGUUUCUGAAGCCCUUGUGUCAUCCCAUCCAUGUUUGAACGAGCCAGGCUCUGCCACUGGAUAUGGUGGCUGGAAGGUGAGCUUAAAGUACAAACUUGCUAACUACCGGAGGAAGCUCAAGCGGCUUGGAUGUCCAGAAGUUGAACUGAAUUCCCUGACAAAUAAACCUGCAGACAAAUGCAGUCCUGCUUAUGGUGUGAAGAAGCCCAGAAGAGCAGAAGUAAAUUACUGCCCCACCUACCCAUCUGGUGAAUCUGCAGAGACACUUGAAAAAAUAAGAGAGACCCUGCUUUUAGAAGUAAAGAAAAGGAACAAUCAGGACACAGUGGCGGCCAUGAUGGAGAAGACCUUUGCACACAGAAGGCAAGAGGUUAUUCGUGAUGCACCCUUGAUUGCUGAUUUCAAAACCAAAUGGCCGGCUCACUUCUGUGUAUGUGAGCUAACUGCUGAAUGCAAGAGGAUUACAACCGUCAGUUUGCUGCCAAGGUUCUUCUCCGAACUGGAUGUUCUAUCUUCAAACCUGAUGAAGGUGUUUUCCAAGAAAGGGGGCGGUCAAGGAAGAAAGAUCAAGAGCAUCAUGAUACCCAUCACCCAGGCCGAUGCCAUUGAUGUCAGAAGAGACUGCAUCAUCAAAGCCCUGUGUGUCUACUUAAAUGAAGAGCCAGAGAACCUUGUGAAAGAAUACAUGAACACAGAUGGUGAAAGCAGUGAAGCUGCGAUGAUGAAGACUACAUUUGGAAUCUUUGUCAUUCGCAAAGAAGGUGCAGAGCCAAAAGAUGGACCGGAAGAUGUAGGUAUCAUUCUGGAGGGUGUGCAAGUUCUGGAUGAGCUCAGAAACGUACCACUUGCCGUGGGAAUGUUGUUCUCAUUGUAUAUGCGCUCAACCUCAGCUACCCACCAGAGCUGCGAUACACCUUCGAAGCUUUGCAGAAGCUUAUCAUGGAGCUUGAUGGAAACCGACUCUCAAAAAAAAUUCAAACACUGAAAACACUACUUGCACGUUAGUCAUCCUCAAUAGAGUAAACUACUGUUCAGGUAGUGGUUACUCUAUUUGAAGCCAUUCAGGCAUUUACCUUCAAAUAUGAUAAGCUGUUGUUAAUGUGUUUUGAUGUUUCUUUAAACAAGGGAAGAAAAAAAAAAGUGUUGUCAAACAACGAAGUUUUCUUUUGAAACUUGAGAUGAUGCACAAUGCUGUAUUGAACAUUUUUCUUUGCACACAGUUGCCAGGACCGUAUUCUGCAUAUAGCUUCAUAACCAGCUUUGAUUUGUUUUUUGGUCAUCAGAAAGCUCCAAAUAUAGACACCUAAUACUGGUUGUUUAAAUGGUUUACACUUGAAAUUUGUCUGUGAAUAGGAAUGUAUGUUGCAGUGAUAUUUCUCAAACUUGAGCCACUUCAUGGCUACCUAGAAUCCAGUCUUAACAAAUUUUCAUAGAUGUCAGUUUUUAGAGAUUUGUUUGACUGACAUAAAUACAUUGUAGGUUGUUUCAUAUUAGAUGUUAACUGGGGGCAAGCUUGACAGUGUACUCCAAUUUCCUAACUCAGCAGUCACAAUUUGUCCUUGUCUGUCUGUCUGUUGGACUUUGAAAUUUCAUGCUGUGUGUUUGUAUUUUCACAGCAACAUGUUUUCAGCCAAUUGCUUGAAAGUGAGUUUUGCCAUUUCUGAUUAAGUGUUAUUCCAACAAAUCCAGUUUGCUUCAUGUUUUUCUUUUCCAAAACUUGACACCAGCUUGGGGAAUAUAAAAAUACUGUUAAAUUAUUUAUUUUAUUAAUAAUUAUGCUACAGUUAUGUUCCUGUUCAUAUCAGAUGCUUAAGCCUAAUGUGGUUUUGUUGACUCCGCACAAUGAAUUAAUGUAACUGUAUUUAAAAUAAUGGUUGCAACUACCCAUUUAAAUUAAGUAACUCGUAAUUAUAUCAUACAAGUUUAAAUGGCCCAACAAAAAUAUGUUAGUAUGUAACAUUUACCCUUACAAAUCUAGUUGGACAUAAUCCUAGUAAUUAAGUCAUAGUAACACAAAUGCAUCAUGUUGAUCCAACAUAUUUAUAUUUAGGUCACUCGACAAAAUUGUUUCCGGCUAAAUUAAAACAUUUU